CUUUUAUGUUUCAUGUAACCAGAUAGAAAUUUUCUUUUCUGUUACUUGUUUUUCACGAUGAAAAUCACAAUCAGAAUCUCUUUCCACUUAUGAGGUUUGUCAUCAACGACAAUCUGAGUUUCAUUUUCUCUUCAUUUUUCUCUUCAGUUCUCUUGAAACGGUUUCUACCAAUGUUGAUAAUUUCUGUCGUCAACCACAAUUAGAAAUACUUAGUCUUGAGUCAACACAAUUUAUUUCAAUCAACCAGAAUUUCAUUUUUCUAUUUUGUUUUCAAUGUGAUUCUACUUUGUGAUUUUUACCUUUUCAUGACUUGUUGAAGUAACAGUAAAUCCAUUCAAUUCACAUUUACCUCUUAUUCUUACGUACAAGUAUUCUGGUAGUAAUUCAGCGAUUCAACAUUCUUGGUGACAUUAAUUUCGGGAGCUUGUCCCAAGUCCAAUUGAUUAGCGUUUAGAUAAAAUUGUCAUGGGAAACCGUUCAAUACGACGACCAAUUGGGUGAUUGGCAGGAAAAGGAACUGUACCAUUUGCGAAUAGAUCGACCCAUAAGAAUUGCCGCUAAUUUACCAAGUGGUCGGAGUAUAACCCAAACAAUGGCAGGAACAUGACGACUGGAGGUCGUACGAAAGUGUCUCAGGCCACAAGAGCUCCAUUGAUCAGCUUGUUUUCGUGGUGAUAGAUUAUUAAAAUUACGAUGAAUGGAAAUUGAUUUAUUUAAAUCUGGAUUAAGAAAAGAAAAUCCAAUUUAAACCAUUGAUUAUGUUGUGGUUUCUAUCUUCAUAUCAACUUACUUUGGUAAAUAUUUAAAUUUCUAGUUGGUAAUCUAUUGCUAAAUGUAAACUUGGAGGUUAAAUAACGGAUCAAUUGUUUGAUCAGGAAAUUGAACAAUCAAAUGGAGACGAGCUCAGGUUCUAUUAAGGGAGGAAACAGUAGAAGGUUAUGUGAAGGUUAAAUCUCCAAAGAAUGCGUAUCAAGUUGUAAUCGGAAGUAUUUAGGAAGAUGCAAGGAUUGGAUCGAUCGCUUUGGACGAUAUAAGUUUUUUCGAUGGUAAAGAAGCGAAUCCAGUAAAUUCUGAAGCUAUUUCAGGCGAAUGCUCAUUCGAUAAGACUCUUUGUGGUUGGAAUAAAAUGAAAUUUGGCCUCCAAUUAGUAAACCAGGUCAACUAUUAUCAUCGUCAGAAACUAAAGAUUCACUUUUUACUCAUAGAACUUCAAUUUCCUCAAUAAGUCUUGAUGAUCCAACAUAAUAUUGUUCAAAAGUACUUCCAGUCUCAUGGAGACUUGCAACUCCCAAUGUAUAUCAUGAAACUUCAAGAUCAUACCUUUAGAGCACCGGUGGGACAUGUUUAUUUUGGCCUUUUUAGUAUUACAAAGUCUUCAGUUCCCAGCGAUUCCUGGAGAUGUGACCAAGGCUUGUGAUAGCUGUUUGUUAUCAAGACUUGGAUGUGGUGAAUCAACCACACUGAACAUUUACCAGAUCAGUGGAUGAGAAGCAGCUUUGGACAUUUAUAUCGCUUAAUAGCCUACAGCAGGACCAAGAGCAUCGACAAUCAGAGACUCGAGUAAAGCGCUUGCGUUAAGCUUGAUUUUUAGAGACUCGAAGAUCACUUUAGUGCUUUGGCUAGGUUAAAUUGCCUUGAAUUUAUUAACUUACAGCUCGACCAAUUAGAACCGCUUAUUUGAUCUCACUUCCCGUUCAAAUGUAAAACCAGAGACUGCGAGAAAAACGACAGAGAAAUGAAAGACAGAAAAGUCUCUUUUUCGGCCAUUGCAUCAUUUCAAUCGAUAGAAUUGGCAGUUUUUUAGUUUCAGUGGUUCAUCUUGAUCCUCACUUUCAACCGUUUUUCUGUUUCUUAAUGCGUGGAAAAUUGUUGAAAUCUUCUUUUCUGAAACGUUCCCAUUGAGAGAAAGUGUCAAAGAUUCAGGUAAUAAGGAGGAUAAAAGGUAAAUUUCCAACUUGUAACUUGUGUAUUCAAUUUUAGUCUUAACCGAAGCUUAACCAGUAACUCAAAAUACUAAGGUGAAGGUACAAAAAUAUUCACAUCAGUGGCCAGGAAAUUAUGGUGAUGAAACAACUUACUAGUACUGAGAAUUGCAAUUAACAUUAAAUCAUCAUCAGUAUCAUCAUACUGUUGCAUUUAGGAUUCUUUUUUUGCUUUUCAUCAUCUUACCAUGAUGAUUUGCAUGGUUGGUUGAAUUGGAUCCUCCGGUAAAAAAAAACAUAAGCCAAUUACUUUCUCCAUUGAUAAUUAUGAUUGUUGCAAGUAAAUUGCAGAAAACCAUCAGCAUGGAAAAUGUCACUUUCUAAUUUCUGUUGACAUUAUAAUUAUGAUCAGUUAACCAUCGAUUGACUAUCAAUUAUUACCUCUUCGCAUUUACAAAAUGAUCGAAAUUUUUAUUCCAACACUUGAGCUAACAAAAAAUAUUCCCAGAUUGAUUGGAAUCGAUAACAAUAAUGACUUUGGUAAUUUUCCAUAUUAAAUGAUUGAUAUAAAUUGAUAUACAGGGUCUCCAUCAACUCCUGGCGUUUGAACUUUCAUAACUCUCGAUCAACACGCUCUCGACUUCUGAACUUUUGAUUAUGAAAUCACUUCGAUGUGGCCCAUCCAUUGGAUUCAAACUCAUGUUUCAUUUGAAGAGUCUUUCAGUCCAUUUAUUAAUAUAAUACUACGAUUUCAGCAGAAAGUUUAUUUCAUUGGGUUGCAAAUAUUGUCCCAAGAGUCGGAGGAAUCAAAUCGCGUGGACAUUAUGUCAAUCGACAGAAGAAUGUUCAAGGUAUUAACUGUAACUACCUAUGAAUAUCCUACUCAAGUUGAAGUUCCUGAUGUUGAUAUAAGGAUUCCAAUUUCUUAUCUGAUUAAUAUAAGUGAACUUUAUCUGCGAUAUCCAAAAGAAAUGGUCCAUCUUUGUCAAUUCGUCGAAGGAGAUGAAAACUUAACAGUUAAUACAGCAAUUGAAUUCCAUGAGAGAUGUUCAGACAUUCGUUAUGCAAGGAAAAUGACCUCUGCCUUGUCAUUAUCUUUCAUAGCCGUUGGUGAUGUUGAACAAUUGACACUUGAUCCAAGUCAAAUGGUUAAAAAAAUCGCCCAGAAAAAACUCUGUUGGUUUGAAUCAAUCAUUAGCUCGAGUUCAGUUCAUGAUUCUACAACUAAAGAAGCCGCAACUACUACUUUUGUCCCAUUGGGAAACAACAACAACAUAUUUGGUUUUCCCCAUAGAGUUAACAUUGAGAUUCAUUGA